UCCUCCCGUGUAGCGGGCUGUGCGGCCCCGGCUCUCUCCAACAAGCGGCCCGGCUUCUCCCCUCACCCGGCCCGGCCCGGCCCCGCUCCCUCCCUCCCUCCCGCCUCCUCGACCCGCGGCCCUGUCUGGUCUGGACUCCUCCCCGUUCUCCCUCCCCCCGCGCGGCCCGGUGCCUGGUCGCAGGGAGGCGGCGGCGGCAGUAGGUAAGAUGAACGACAGAUGGCCUUGAAAGCAAGAGACACCAUAACUUGGUACCAGAGGAAGAUUGGAGCUUACGAUCAACAAAUCUGGGAAAAGUCGAUUGAGCAGAAGGAGAUUAAGGGUCUGCGAAGUAAACCAAAAAAAACUGGCCGAAUAAAGUCUGACCUGAUUGAUGUUGACCUUGUAAGAGGAUCAACCUUUGUGAAAACUAAACCUGAAAGUCCAUGGACGGCUUUAACACGGAAGGGGAUAGUACGAGUGUUGUUCUUUCCAUUUUUCUGCCAGUGGUGGAUCCAGGUAACCUCACGAGGCAUCUUUGCAUGGCUUCUGCUGCUCUACUUCAUGGAAGUGAUUGCCAUCGGCCUUUACCUGCAAGAUCCAGUGUUGUACGUCAAUGAAAUCAUCAACCCCAUGGUCCUGAUGCUGCUACUGGGGACUGUCCACUGCCAGAUAGUCUCCACCCAGAGGCAAACUCCCUCCCCCACAAAUGGAGGCAAGCGCAGGAGAACUACACAAACAAGACACCUAUCUAGGAAGGUUGAACGUGGCUCCAUGGUCCCCACGCCCAAUGGGAAAGAUACACAGCAAAGAGUUGCCAGUCGAGGUUCAGAGGAUAAUUCUAGUGAAGAAACAGAGGGCCAAACAAGGCACUUGCUAUCGCAGCAAAGGGUGAAGGGAACUUUGAGCAUCUUACGACUGCGAAGAAGUGCACAAUCCAAAACAACUGGAGUUGCAGAGGGUAGAGAGAAGAUUCCAAGGUGGGAGAUUCCUAAACGGCUGGUGGGAGAUUCUGACAGCUUACAGGACUCCGAGUUUGAAUCUCCAGCCCCAGAUCAGGAUAAUUCGUACAUGAGCUUCAGCUCCGUGAGCUGCAGUAAUUCCCGGCAGGACUCCGAGAGUAGUCAGCAGGGCUCGGAGACUGAGGAUAUGUUAUGGGAUGAUCUUCUCAAUGGUCCUCGAUGCCAUUCCUCUUACAGCAGUGAGAGUGACUGUGAGAACAUGCAGAGAGUGCCACUGCCUAAGAAAGAAUCCAAAGAUGAACAGAACCACUUGAACUGGUUGUACAGCAGCAGCCGGAGUUCAGAGAGAGUCAGCGCCAUUGUCUGGGAAGGAAAUGAAUGCAAGAAGUUUGAUAUGUCCGUCCUGGAGAUCAGUGGAAUGAUCAUGAAGCGGGCAAAUACCUUUGAGCAGCAGAAUGGUUACCGGAUCUUGGGAUACGUGGUGACUUCUGUCCUCACCCUGCUGCCCUUUGCAUUUCGCCUUUUCCAACAGAAAACCUUGGACCAGCUGGCCUCGUCUUCUGUUUCUGAGCUACUGACAAUCAGCUGUGGUGGAAACCCUGAGGGGCUUCUCAUUGCCUUGGUGCUGAUUAACAUUUUGGAGCGUUUCUGUUUGAUGUGGAUGUUCUUCUUCAUUCUUUGUGUGGCAGAGAGAACAUAUAAACAGCGCUUGCUGUUUGCCAAGCUCUUCAGUCACCUGACGUCGGCUAGGAAAGCUCGCAAGUCUGAGAUCCCCCAUUUUAGGCUGAAGAAAGUGCAGAACAUCAAGAUGUGGUUAUCACUUCGCUCAUACCUAAAGAGGCGAGGCCCUCAGCGAUCGGUUGACGUUAUUGUUUCAUCAGCAUUUUUACUUACUCUCUCCAUUGCUUUUGUCUGCUGUGCUCAGAUCCUUCAUGGUCACAGCAGCUUCCUGGACUCCUUGUAUAACUGGGAGCUCCUCAUCUGGGAGGCAUCACUGACUGUUUUCUUGCUGAGGCUAUUUACGUUGGGGUCAGAAGUCAGUAGGAAAUACAAUAACAUUUCCAUUUUGCUCACAGAACAGAUCAAUCUAUACCUUAAAAUGGAGACCAAACCCAACAAGAAGGAACAGCUUACCCUUGUCAACAAUGUGUUGAAACUUGCCACCAAAUUACUGAAGGAGCUGGACUCUCCUUUCAGACUUUACGGACUGACCACAAAUCCACUGCUCUACAAUAUCACCCGGGUUGUCAUUCUGUCUGCCAUCUCUGGAGUGAUCAGUGAUUUGCUGGGCUUCAAUCUUCGGCUGUGGAAGAUUAAGUAAACUGAUGACUGCUCCGGUCAAGAUGGUGAAGAACACUCCUACUCGACUGACAUGACCUCCUAACAUCAUUGCUUUCAGAACACUGACAAGGUGGAGGAAUGCUUGUCGUUUUCCUCCCUGCCAUGCUUUUGCUUCCACCAGCAAAUUUGGAGGAUCCCAAAUAGAAAAUCACUUCAAUUCUUUACCAGUUUGCUACUUGGAAAUGCAGCUUAUGUUAAGGUCAUAAUAAGAGUAGAAUUAGGAGUCUACUCUGCCGUUCAAUCAUGGUUGAUCUAUCUCUCCCUCCUAACCCCAUUCUCCUGCCUUCUUCCCCGAAACCUCUGACCCAUACCAAUCAAGAACCACAUACUUCGUUGACAAUAGAUUCAAAGGAAGAGAUCCAUCAGGUAUAAAAAGACCAGAGCUUUGGCCUAGGCAUUUCUUCUUCAUCCAUCCCUCUACAAAGUGGCCCUGGUUCAGCACAUCUCAUAUUACAAAUGUCCCACUCUGGUAUGGCAGCUCCUGUUUUCACCCUAUCCAAAUACGAAAUCUCAAUUUUUAAUUGUGUGUAGUAUGAUGCUUGAGUGAAAGAUCCUGCAGAGCAGGUAAAGACAAGGCUGGUACUAUAAAUAUAAUAUCCAUGGACAGAAAGUGCUGCUAAAGUUGUUGAUUAAGUAGUGACCCGUUGACUAAUUGUACAGUCACAGGUUGCUUCUACAAUGUUAUUUGAUGAAAUCUGUCAUUUCUAGUGAUUGCCAGCUUGGCUUUCAAAAUAAAGCAAAACUUCGACU